AUGGCGGAGCGUGGCGGGGAAGGUGGUGACGGCGAACGAUUCAACCCCGGAGAGCUCAGAAUGGCUCAGCAGCAGGCGUUGAGGUUCCGAGGCCCUGCUCCCCCUCCAAAUGCAGUCAUGCGUGGCCCACCACCUCUCAUGCGGCCACCACCACCCUUUGGUAUGAUGCGAGGUCCUCCUCCACCACCUCGGCCCCCUUUUGGACGUCCUCCUUUCGAUCCUAGUAUGCCACCGAUGCCUCCUCCAGGAGGGAUUCCUCCACCUAUGGGCCCUCCACACCUCCAGAGACCCCCUUUUAUGCCUCCACCGAUGGGAACGAUGCCACCUCCUCCGGGUAUGAUGUUCCCCCCAGGAAUGCCUCCAGUGACUGCUCCUGGUACUCCAGCACUGCCUCCUGCUGAGGAAAUAUGGGUUGAAAAUAAAACUCCAGAUGGGAAGGUUUAUUAUUAUAAUGCUCGGACACGUGAAUCUGCAUGGACCAAGCCAGAUGGAGUUAAAGUUAUUCAGCAGUCAGAACUGACACCUAUGCUUGCAGCCCAGGCACAAGCCCAGGCCCAGGCCCAGGCGCAGGCGCAGGCGCAGGCCCAGGCCCAGGCCCAGGCCCAGGCCCAGGCCCAGGCCCAGGCCCAGGCUCAGGCUCAGGCACAGGCACAAGCACAAGCACAGGCACAGGCACAAGCGCAAGCUCAGGCCCAAGCGCAAGCCCAGGCCCAAGCGCAAGCCCAGGCCCAAGCGCAAGCCCAGGCCCAAGUGCAAGCACAAGCCGUGGGAGCUUCUACCCCUACAACCAGUAGCCCAGCACCUGCAGUAUCUACUUCAACAUCAUCAUCUACCCCAUCCUCUACGACUUCUACCACAACAACAGCCACUUCAGUUUCACAGACAGUAUCAACACCUACAACACAAGAUCAGACCCCAAGUUCUGCUGUUUCAGUUGCCACACCUACAGUUAGUGUUUCAACUCCUGCUCCUACAGCCACACCUGUGCAAACUGUUCCCCAGCCGCAUCUCCAGACGUUACCUCCUGCUGUUCCUCAUUCGGUACCUCAACCAGCAGCAGCAAUACCUGCUUUUCCACCAGUAAUGGUACCUCCGUUUCGUGUUCCCCUUCCUGGCAUGCCAAUUCCACUUCCAGGUGUAGCAAUGAUGCAAAUAGUCAGCUGCCCGUAUGUAAAGACAGUCGCUACCACCAAGACCGGUGUAUUGCCAGGAAUGGCCCCUCCUAUCGUACCCAUGAUCCAUCCCCAGGUUGCUAUUGCAGCUUCACCUGCUACCUUAGCUGGAGCAACAGCAGUUUCCGAGUGGACCGAAUAUAAAACAGCAGAUGGAAAGACAUACUAUUAUAACAAUAGAACAUUAGAAUCAACCUGGGAGAAACCCCAAGAACUAAAGGAAAAAGAAAAAUUAGAAGAGAAGAUUAAAGAGCCUAUCAAAGAACCCUCUGAAGAACCUCUGCCGAUGGAGACAGAGGAGUUGGAUCCUAAAGAGGAGCCUCUAAAGGAGAUAAAAGAGGAACCCAAAGAAGAGGAGAUGACUGAAGAAGAAAAAGCUGCCCAGAAGGCAAAACCAGUAGCUACUACACCUAUUCCUGGUACUCCUUGGUGUGUAGUUUGGACUGGUGACGAACGCGUCUUCUUUUAUAAUCCUACAACUCGCCUUUCUAUGUGGGACCGACCUGAUGAUCUGAUUGGAAGGGCAGAUGUUGACAAAAUUAUUCAGGAGCCCCCUCAUAAAAAAGGAAUGGAAGAAGGAAAGAAACUAAGGCACCCGAACCCAGCAAUGCUGUCAAUCCAAAAAUGGCAGUUUUCUAUGAGUGCAAUUAAAGAAGAACAGGAAUUAAUGGAAGAAAUGAAUGAAGAAGAGCCUGUUAAAGCAAAAAAGCGGAAGAGAGAUGAUAAUAAAGACAUUGAUUCAGAGAAGGAAGCUGCCAUGGAAGCUGAAAUUAAAGCUGCCCGAGAAAGGGCCAUUGUCCCUCUGGAGGCCCGAAUGAAGCAGUUCAAGGACAUGCUGCUAGAGAGAGGGGUGUCUGCCUUUUCAACGUGGGAGAAAGAGUUGCACAAGAUAGUAUUCGAUCCUCGGUACUUACUUCUCAAUCCUAAAGAGAGAAAACAGGUGUUUGAUCAGUAUGUAAAGACCAGGGCAGAGGAAGAACGGAGAGAAAAGAAAAACAAAAUAAUGCAAGCCAAGGAAGAUUUCAAAAAAAUGAUGGAGGAAGCAAAGUUUAAUCCAAGAGCUACUUUCAGUGAAUUUGCAGCCAAGCAUGCUAAAGAUUCAAGAUUCAAAGCAAUUGAAAAGAUGAAAGAUCGAGAGGCCUUAUUUAAUGAAUUUGUGGCUGCUGCAAGGAAGAAAGAGAAAGAAGAUUCCAAGACCAGAGGUGAGAAGAUUAAAUCUGACUUCUUUGAACUGUUAUCGAAUCAUCACUUGGACAGUCAGUCUCGAUGGAGCAAGGUAAAAGACAAAGUAGAAAGUGAUCCACGAUACAAAGCAAACUUAGACUCUGAGAAAGAAAAAGAGCUUGAAAGGCAAGCCCGUAUUGAAGCAAGCCUUCGAGAACGAGAACGGGAAGUCCAAAAAGCUCGUUCAGAACAAACAAAAGAAAUUGAUAGAGAGCGAGAACAACACAAAAGAGAAGAAGCUAUUCAGAAUUUCAAGGCUCUUCUGUCUGAUAUGGUACGUUCUUCAGAUGUGUCAUGGUCUGAUACUCGAAGGACUCUUCGGAAAGAUCACCGUUGGGAAUCUGGAUCCUUACUGGAAAGAGAAGAGAAAGAGAAGCUCUUUAAUGAACACAUUGAAGCACUCACAAAAAAGAAGAGGGAGCACUUUAGGCAACUUCUGGAUGAAACUUCUGCAAUUACGUUAACAUCCACGUGGAAGGAAGUAAAAAAAAUCAUUAAGGAAGAUCCUCGGUGCAUCAAAUUCUCCUCCAGUGACAGGAAAAAGCAAAGGGAAUUUGAAGAAUACAUCAGAGACAAAUACAUCACCGCCAAAGCUGACUUUAGGACGCUUUUGAAAGAGACCAAAUUUAUAACAUAUAGAUCUAAAAAGCUAAUACAAGAAUCUGAUCAACACUUGAAAGAUGUAGAGAAAAUUUUGCAAAACGACAAACGGUAUCUAGUGCUGGAUUGUGUGCCAGAGGAGAGGCGGAAACUGAUUGUGGCCUAUGUGGAUGACCUGGAUCGUCGGGGUCCGCCUCCACCUCCCACAGCUUCAGAACCCACAAGACGAUCAACAAAAUAG